AUGGGGCACACUCCAACCAUGGCCUCAGGUGCCUUUUUCCUACUAAUAGGGUUGAUCUCCUGUCAUGGUUUCAAUCUGGACACUGAGAAUGCAGCAGUCUUCCAGGAAAGUGGAGCUGGGUUUGGGCAGAGUGUGGUCCAGUUCGAGCAAGCUGGAGUGGUGAUUGGGGCACCUCUAGAGAGAACAUCAUCCAACCAGACAGGGAAACUCUACAAAUGUGAAUUUGGUACUAAGACCUGUAUGGCCAUUCCCAUUAAUGUCCCCCCAGAGGCAGUGAACAUGUCCUUAGGACUCACUCUGGCUACUGGAGCAAACCCCUCACAGCUUUUGGCCUGUGGUCCUACAGUACACCGAACAUGCAAGGAGAAUGCAUACAUAAAUGGUUUGUGCUUCACGUUGGAUUCAAACCUGAUACAAGAGCGUCAUUUCCCAGCAUCCUUACAAGAGUGUCCAAAGCAAGCAAAUGACAUUGUCUUCCUUAUUGAUGGUUCUGGUAGUAUUGCAGCAAAGCAAUUUGCACAGAUGAAGAAUUUUGUCAUAACAGUGAUGAACCAGUUCAAGGGAACCAAUGCACAGUUUUCUCUAAUGCAGUAUUCUGAUGACUUCGACAUACAUUUCACCUUCAAUGAUUUCAAGAAUGAUCCUGCUCCACAAACCUUGGUGGAUCCGAUUACGCAGCUACGUGGGAGCACACACACAGCCUCAGGCAUUAGAAAAGUAGUACGAGAACUAUUUAAAGAAUGGAAUGGAGCCCGGAAAGAUGCCACCAAGAUCCUCAUUGUCAUCACAGAUGGUCAGAUACAGGGAGAUAGUUUGAAGUACAGAGAUGUCAUCCCAGAGGCAGAGAAAGAAGGGGUCAUCCGAUAUGCAAUUGGGGUGGGACGUGCCUUUAGAAGCCCAUCUGCUCUGCAAGAACUCAGGACCAUUGCCUCUGACCCAUCAGAGGAGCACAUGUUUCGGGUGGAUAACUUUGAUGCUCUGAAGAACAUCCAAAACCAAUUGCAGGAGAAGAUCUUUGCUAUUGAAGGAACCCAAUCAGGGGGCAAUAGUUCUUUCGAGUAUGAGAUGUCUCAGGAAGGCUUCAGUGGUGUUUUCACCUCUGAUGGGCCUCUACUGGGUACAGUGGGGAGCUUUGACUGGUCUGGUGGAGCUCUUCUGUAUGAUCAAAUUGAUAAACCCACAUUCAUCAACAUAUCCCUGGCGAACUUGAACAUGAAUGAUGCUUACUUGGGUUAUUCUAUUGAUGUUGUCGUUCAAAGAAACACCCAAAGUCUGGUCAUGGGAGCUCCUCGAUAUCAACACAUGGGGAUGGUGGCAAUGUUCAAAAAGAGCUUUAACACUUGGGAGAAGACAGCCGAGGUCAUGGGGAAACAGAUUGGUUCCUAUUUUGGCGCAACCGUGUGUGCAGUAGACGUGAAUGGAGACAGCAACACUGACCUGAUCCUUAUUGGGGCUCCUCAUUACUAUGAACGGAACCAGGGAGGCCAAGUGUCUAUCUGCCCCUUACCUCGGGGAAAGGCUAAAUGGAGCUGUGAAGUUGUUCUUCGAGGGCAGCCAGGGCAUAUAUGCAGUCGUUUUGGGGCAGCCCUGGCUGUGCUGGGGGAUGUGAAUGGAGAUAAAAUAAUGGAUGUGGCUGUGGGGGCACCAGGGGAGGAAGAGAACCGAGGAGCCAUCUACUUGUUUCAUGGAACGGCUGGAUCCAGAAUCAACUCUUCCUACAGCCAGAGGAUUGCAGGUUCUCAACUCUCCCCCACACUCCAGUAUUUUGGACAGUCAUUGGGUGGAGGGCAAGACAUCACCCAGGAUGGACUUGUGGAUGUGGCUGUGGGGGCCAACGGACAAGUGCUGCUGCUCAGGACCCAGCCAGUACUGAGAUUGGAAGUGUCCAUGCAAAUUAUUCCCAAAGAGUUGAAGAGGUCUGUGUUUGAGUGUCAGGAACAAGAGAAAACCAAUCAAGAAGCUGGAGUCGCCAGAGUCUGUCUCAUUGUCCAUAAAAAUAUAGCAGACCGACUAGGAGAAGUCCAAAGCUCUGUGACAUAUGACCUGGUUUUGGAUCCUGGACGCUCUAAGCCUCGAGCCAUCUUUGAUGAGACAAAAAACCAUAGGAGGAGGCAUGUCCUGACCGUUGGCAUGAACAGUGUCUGUGAGGAAGUGAAAUUGCUGUUACCGAAAUGUGUAGAGGACUCAGUGACUCCCAUCAUCCUAAGCCUCAACUUCUCUCUGGAGGGACAGCCCAUUGCCUUAGCUGGGAACCUCCGACCUGUUCUGUCAGCGAAUGCGCAAAGGCUCUUCAUGGAAGCUCUUCCCUUUGAGAAGAACUGUGGCAAUGAUAGUAUCUGUCAAGAUGAUCUCAGUAUCACCUUUAGCUUCCAGAGCUUACAGACUUUGGUGGUGGGAAGCCUCCGAGAGCUAAAUGUGACAGUGACCGUGAGGAACCAGGGCGAAGAUUCCUAUCAGACCUUGGUGACCUUCUCCUAUCCCCCAGGACUGUCCUUUCGACGAGUAUCAGGGAUUCAGAACUGGCCACGGUAUCGUUCCAUGCCACUGAUGUGUCAGUCAGCAACAGCUGAUGCUAGAAGUGAAAUAAGCAGCCAGUGUAGCAUUAGUCACCCCAUCUUUCGGGAAGGAAGUGAGAUCAACUUUAAUGUAACAUUCGAUGUCUCCCCUAUGGCUUCCCUUGGAACCAAAAUGGUCUUCAAGGCAAAUGUGGUCAGUGAGAAUAAUGCACCCACCACCAACAAGACUUCCUUCCAGUUGGAGUUGCCAGUGAAAUAUGCUAUCUACCCAGUGAUCAGCAGCCAUGAAGAAUCUACAAAAUAUCUCAACUUCAUGGACUCAGAAGAGAAGAACAGACCUGGUUUGAAGCACAAAUACCAAGUGAACAACCUAGGUCAAUGGGCUCUCCCCAUCAAAAUUGACUUCUGGAUCCCACUUACGUUGAAGAAGGAAAACAUUUGGGAGAAUGAUGGGCUCAUCCUCCCCCAGAAUUUCGUAUGUUCCUCAGAAAUAAAAGCUCCUAGUCAGUCUGACUUCCUGGCACAGCUUCGUAAAACUUCAGUAGUGAAUUGCUCCAUUGCUGUCUGCCAGAGAACUCGCUGUGACAUCCCCAUCUUUAACCCUCAGGAAGAAUUUAACUUCACCAUUGAAGGCAACCUGAGCUUUGCCUGGGUCAAGCAGACAAAGCGUAACGACCUGUUGGUUACAAGCUUGGCUGAAAUACUUUUUAAUGAGUCUGCAUAUGCCCUACUUCCAGGACAGACGUUUAUAAGAGCCCAGGCAGAGACCAAAGUUGAACGACAUGAAGUUUAUUCUCCUGUUCCCCUCAUUGUGGGCAGCAGCAUUGGGGGGCUGGUGCUCUUGGCACUGAUCACAGCUGGACUGUACAAGCUUGGAUUCUUCAAACGCCAAUACAAAGAUAUGAUGAAUAAUCCUGGGGAAAGUGCACCUGACACAGCACCUCCUGAAUAAGUGCUCCUUCUUUCACCACCAGCUUCUUCUGAUGGAGACCAAUAGAUUUUGUUAAACAAAUGCAUCAGUUCUCUUCUUGCCCAGGAGCCAAACCACUUGUUUCCUUCAGAAGAAGGGAGUGCAAGCAGGUCAUUGAAUGAAGGGAUAUGUGAAAUACCUCUUGGAAAUGAACUGCUUGGCUUUUCAACAGUGUAUGCACACUGUUGAAUACACACUUACAUAGGGUGUGACUUGCUUAAGCAGAGGUGGCUGCAAUUGGCAAAACCCUUCCAGCAGGAUAAGAAUUGUUUGUGGUUCACAUAUGUGUACAUAAAACCUGAAAUAGCAAAUUACUACCUGUUCUUCCCCUUGAGUGGAUGUCUGUCCUUGGAUAUAGGA